UGCCGAGUGGCGCUGGGCAAGUGGAGACAAAAACCUCCAUUUUAUUGCGGGCAGUUAGUUGUUUAAAUCUUUUGUCGUGAGGGUUGAAUCCGUUCUAUGUGCGGUUAAAGCCAUCGGAUUGACAGGCGACGUGUAAACAAACGCGUUCUGUUCCCCUCCCCCUCCGUUGAGUCUCGAAGGCCGAGCCCUCCUCUUGCUGAAUUUGCCCUGGAGCUGGAAACGGAAAAGAUGGGCGACGGACCUCAACCACCAGUCAGGCCGAUUCGUAAGGUCCAAAAGGUUUGGGCCAAAUCGUUCUACUGUAAGACCUGCGAUAUUCGGUGUACAUCGGCAGUAAAUCUUAAGAUGCAUUUUGUUGGAGCGAAGCACCAAAGGUGUAAGGAAGCCCGUAAAAAUGGAUCUUCUUUCCCAGCUCCUAGACAAACAGGAGAGUACAAAAUCAUGGGGAAAAAGACUAUUGAUUUUGUAAAAAGAAAUGUACUGACCAAUGAUGUACGACUUCUCCAUGGGUCAUCUGCUUUGGAAAAACAUUUAAGAGAUGCGGAUAUACAAGAUCCUAUAAUUGGAUUAAACGACGUGAUUGAAUAUCAAUCUGAAGUGUCACCAGAUCCAAUGUUCUUUUGUCAACUUUGCAAGUGUCAUGGAGAAUUUUCACUUUUCGUUUCGCACAUAUUUGGGUUGAAGCACAGGAUGACUUAUAUAUCAAAGAUGCAUCCAGACAUACUACAACGUGAUGGACCAAAGUUAAAAUAUCCAGAAUGGAAUGCAUUCGUUAAAGAAAAAGCAGGAGAUAUUGAAAAGAUUGACGGAAGGGGUAAAGUUAAGGUCGUCCUUGAUGAAAUGCCAAGUGGGAACACUUCUACUAAAAGAGCGUCAGAUACCCAUGCCCCAUUUGAUGCUGACUUUUCACCACGAGAAAACUAUAGAAGUAGUUUCCAUGGUGAUAUGGAAAAUUCUUAUGAUGCAAGAAAGCGACGACAAGAUGGGCAGUCGGAAAAUAAGUUUUCAAGACAUGAGAACUUUGGAACUAGUUAUGGCAGUCAUCUUAACAGGGGACAUUCCAAUUCCUAUGAAUCAAGAGGGCCAUAUUCUCAAGAUUGCAGAUCCUCUGCUGAUGUUUCGCAAGACAGUUGGAGAAAAGAUGCAAAAUCUGAAGUGCCAGAUAUGGAUUGGAGCUCUGAAAAUACACGUAACUUUGAUGAUGAGUCCAGAAGAAGAGAUCUGAAGAGGGACUUCCCAAAAAAUGAUAGUGAGACGUCUACCGUGGAUCAUCGUUGGAUGCGUAAUGAGUAUGAAACCGAUAGAAUGGAAGCUACCACAUUUGCCCGUUUAAAUGAGGAGCUCUUUAAAUAUUUGCUGGAUUUUGAGAUUUUCAAUGAUAGCGAUGCAAGUUUUGUUUUGAAGAUUAUACAGAGUCUCAUGGACAGAUUAAUGGAAUAUCGCCAAAAGACAAACACUAUUGAAGAGAAAAGGCCUCCAUUGCAUGAAGAAAUAAGAAGACCCACUGGUAUACCAGAUAGAGGAAUAAGACGACCCUCUGGAAUAAUGGAUGGAGACAGAAGACCACCCUCUGGAAUAACGGAUGGAGAAAGAAGAUCACCCUCUGGUAUAAUGGAUGAAGGAUUAAGACGACCAUUUGGUAUAAUGGAUGACGGAAUAAGAAAACCCUAUGGUGCAACAGAUUAUCGUUCUGGAUAUGAAUCUCGUUCAGUUGCAAAAGAAUCACGUCAGAGAUUUCCAAGAUAUACUGGUAAUUCCGCUGGUUAUGGACCUAAAUAUAAAGGUGGUGUCACCUGGAAGAAAGCAGUUGGAUUGCAGUUUAAAGCAAAUAGAAAAAAUAAAAUUUUUCCGCCAAAUCGUAAAUAUAUUAGACCCGCACCGUGUGAUACAGGAAUGACAAAGUCAAAAGGCAGUCCUAAUCUGACCCCACACCAGCAUAAGGAUAUUCGUGGAAUGGAUAUUAAUCAGGCCACAAAAACACUGACUAAACUAUCAAAAAUCAAUCCAUCAUUAAAAGGUUUGAAGGUCUCCUCCUUGGUUGAUGUGCUGGUGGAGGCUGGUAUGCUGACACAUGCUCAGGAUUGAGGACCUUCGAUGAUUACCCAAAGUUGGUGUAUUCUAGAGAAUAUUAACAACUUUAAUAACGGUCUAGAGUUCUGCUAGUUGCAAGCCAUUACUUUUUUUUCAGGCUGCUCUUCUGUUAUAGUUAACCACUGAAAUUCUCAUUUGCUGUACAUUACCAAAGUAAGAAAAGAUUGUUAGAAAAAAAACCUUGAUUGCUUUCAUAUUUUUGGGUGAAGAUUUAUUAAAAUUGAUUAAAUAUCAAGUUUUAUUGCAAAUCUUAAUAUUUUUUCAGCCAAUCACAUUAUUUGAUAUGUAUGCAAAUACUGUACCACAAAGCUUUGAAUAACUGUAUGUUGUAUCUUAGUUUAUUGUUCAUUUGGUCAAAGGAACAUCUAUUUGAUUAGCAGUGGUUAAUGGUCUAAAAUUUAGAGUAGAUAAAUUUCACGUUUAGAACGUUUUACUCUUCUGUAAACCAAACUUUCAAGGUCAGAACUCUGGUAAAAAUUACUGUGGUAUUGCCACUAUUCUAAAUUUUGCAUUAUUGAAAUUUGUGCAGUAAUAAUUCUAUGGUUAUGGAGAGUUAUCCAAAUUUGUAGACAUUUGUUGCAAUAAGAUGGUAGACAAAGUGCUGGAGAAACUCAGCGGGUGCAGCAGCAUCUGUGGGGCAAAGGAAAUAGAUAACGUUUCGGGCCAAAACCCUUCUUCAGUUGCAAUAAGAUCCUAUUUUAAGUCUACAGUAAUUGAUCAGCUAAUGUAAACGCAUCCUAAUGUUACACCAGACCUAAUUAGAUCAAAAGCUGAUUGGAAUUCAUGUAAUGUUGCAUUGUUCGGUACACUUUGAAAAGUGCUAUUUUAAAGAAAAUCUCGUUUAAGUAUUUAGCCUUUUAUUAUAAUGCCUCAAUAUUACAGUUGUGAUUAAAUGGCUUUUGAAAUGUUUUAAUUGAUUUGCUACAUGUUGAUUUUGAAUAGGUAACCACUGCUUCUGAUUUUGUGCAAUCUUAUCUAUAUACUAUUAAAACUCUGUGUGUGUAUGUA